CCAUCUCUAUAUAUUCUGAAAAUUCUAACCCUAAACCCUAAAAAUCAAACCUUUUCCUUCAUCAUCUUUAGUACAUCGUCUUAAGAUUUCUGACUUUGUUAUGUCUCCUCCAGCAUUGGUUGUGUUUGAAGAUGGUUUAACCCAAAAAUGGAGCAACGACGAGUGGCAGGGUUUCAGCGUUUAUCCCGGAGAAAACCCUAACCCUAAUAUUAAUUUCUUGGUGCAGAAGGCGACUCUGCAGAACCAGAUGACUGUCUCUCGCCCAUCGCUGAACGAAGAGAGCUUCAGAAUGGUCUUACCUCUGGCAAUGUCUCCGCCAAGAGACAACGCUGUGCCUCUUCCUGUUCUUCCUGAGCCGAUGAUGAAACCACGGAAGAAGCUUAGCCACCAAGAAUCCAUGCUUUCUCUACGAAAAUCUCGGUAUCCCGAGAAAAACUUCUACCAAGAAGAAGAAAAUUUCAAGUGCAAUGCGUUCUGUUUAUCCCUCCCCGGGUUUGGAAAAAGACCUGUGCGAUCACCAAAAAGCGAGGACUCUAUAAAGAAGAAAAUGAUCAAAGCGUCAUCAUUCUCAAAUUCCACUGUCUCACUAAGUGCCUCGCUAGAGAAAUUCGAAUGUGGAUCAUGGGCUUCAACGACAGCUCUAACCCGCGAAAACGGCAGAUUGUAUAUCGAUCUACCGGUGGAGAUGAUCAAAUGUGGCGGUGGAGAUGUGCAAGAACCAGUGAGUUCUGGUUUCUUCUUUGACAAGGAAACAGGAAGUCUAGCUUUGAGAAGCGUUCUAAAGAAAAGCAGUUCUCUGUCUGGAAGACAAUUAAGGGAUUUGGCUGAGACAUCCCCGCAACGCCGUGUCAGAUUCUCGACCACAACCUCGGAUUCGUGCCCAGCUUCGCCGCGAACAUGUAUUACCCCAAGACUGUUGAAAGCUAGAGAUGACUUCAAUACGUUCUUAGCAGCACAGAACGCGUGAAACACACACAAAAUAAAAAAAACAGAGCACUAAGACUUUGCAAUAAUAAAUGAUCGGUCUGUAUAUAUCAAUGGAGUGUGUGUGUUUAUCUUCUGUUUAGAUUUGAGUCUCCUCUACGUUAAAAAAUCUCGAUGAAAGACACUAGGAGCAUUUGAAAAUACGAUCUUCUUAUCUUCCCUUUAGAGUUAAGAUCUCUUUCUGCUCUGCUUUGUUUUCCUCUGUUUUCUGCAUAAUUCUUCAUUUUUAAGAAUGGGAAAAGUACACAAAUUUUUCUUUCAUUUAAAAAAAAAGAUUGGUACAUACAACAGAAUAUAGAAUAAUCGGUAAAUACUAAACCUCGUACAUUCUACAAAUCCUGUUCC